AUGGACGCACCACCCGUCACGCCCGGGGAGCUGCUGUGUCUGGGCUCCAGCCUCGCCUUGUCCGGCCUCUUCUACUACCUGUACAGGAAGAAAGCCAGAGUCGUGGCACGCAUACAGGAGGCCCCAAAGCUCCAGGUUGAUGAUGAUUUACCAGCACUAGUGUCUGCGGCUGAAGGGAGGUGCCUGCCUUACGUUGCCCUGGAAGGUAAGGAGACCUUGGCGGGGCGCCCCAGCCAUUACCAUGAGGGGCUGCAGGGCGUGAUCCAGAAACUGCUUCUGAAAGAGCAUCGGCUGAUCUGGAACAGCUUGGCGCGAAGCUGGAGCGAGAGCGAGCGAGUACUCUCAGAGCAGGUCUACACUGUCCCCUUCUUGCUGGCCUCACCAGACACCGGGGCGGUGACGCAAGUGAGCGUGGAGAGCCCACUCCAGGCU